AUGGCUCCCGCCAACAGAGCAGCUUGGAUUACGGCUGAGAGGGCAGUCCCUCUCGAGGUGAAAGAGUCAGAAUACGUCGCACCCACAGACAAUGAAAUCGUCGUCAAGGUGCACGCCAUUGCUCUCAACCCAGUCGACUUUGCGCGUCAAUUGAUGGGCGCCAAGUUGUUCCCUUGGACCAAGUAUCCCACUGUCUUUGGCACUGAUGUUGCAGGAGAAGUCGUGGAAGUAGGCGCAAAGGCUACCAACCGCUACAAAGUUGGCGAUCGUGUGAUCGGUCUAGGUAAUGGUCUGGAAACCAGUCGUCCCGCCGACGGUGCUUUCCAGGAAUACGUCGUGCUCCGUGAAGAUUUGACUUCACUAAUUCCUGACAACCUGGAAUAUGAACAAGCAUCAGUCAUCCCUCUCGGUCUCGCUACGGCUGCAGCUGGCCUCUUCCAGGCCGACCAACUCGCUUUGGACCUCCCAACCGCCCCCGCGCGACCACCCAAGGGUGAGACUGUCUUGAUCUGGAGCGGUGCCUCAAGUGUUGGUAGCAACGCUGUGCAAUUGGCGGUAGCAGCCGGCUACGAGGUUAUCUCUACCUCUUCCCCGAAGAAUUUCGACUACGUUAAGAAGCUGGGAGCUAGCCAAGUUUUCGACUACAACAGUCCCUCAGUCGUCGCUGACAUUGUUGCCGCCUUCAACGGCAAGAAGAGCGCCGGUGCCUACGCCAUUGGCUUCACUGCUGCUCAGCCUGUUAUCGACAUUGUCAGUCAACUCACUAACGGCCCCAAACAUGUCGCCGUAUCCAACCAACCCCCCGCCGAGCUCCCCGAGGGUGUCACUGCCAAAAUGGCAUUUGUGGGUGGCUUGAAGGCAACUCCCGUCGGCCCAGCCAUCUUCAACGAAUUCGUGCCCAAGGGUCUUGCUGAUGGAACUUUCGUUGCCGCUCCCCCUCCCAAGGUUGUUGGACAGGGCUUGGAAAGUAUUCAGGGUGGUCUUGAUACUCUCAGAGCCGGUGGUUUGUCGGCAACUAAGCUCGUGAUUAAGUUGUGA